AUGGCGGCAGUUGGACUGAUAAAUCCAAGCCCCGUGGUGUACGGGCGCAAGGAGACCCGCCGCAGUGAGGUUGUGGCGUCCUCAAGAGAUGACGAAAAUGCCAGGGAACCUAUUGACUCUCUUGAGGUCUUUGAGCACAUCCGAGACAUCACGGACCCUGAGCAUCCAUACUCUUUGGAGCAGCUCCGUGUGGUAAAUGAGGAUCAAAUUGAUGUUGAUGACAGCAGCGGCCAUGUGAGGGUUUCUUUCACCCCUACUGUUGAGCAUUGCAACAUGGCGACUUUGAUAGGGCUGUGCAUACGUGUCAAGUUGCUUCGAUGCUUGCCACAGCGGUUCAAGGUUGAUAUACAGGUUCUGCGCGGCAGUCACGGCAGCAUUAAUCAGUGUUAA